UUUCUCCUUGCAAAAUUUUUACUUUUUGAUCACUAAUUAAAAACGAAAUUUAUAAUAAAGUAGAAGAAAAAGAUAUAAAGAAAGAUGGGUUGCAACUAAAGUUAAGAUAAUCAAUAAGCUUCACAUUUUUAACAAUAAUAAUAUUAAUAUUAGCAAUAGCAAUACAUCUAAAAUUAAGAAUAUUAACAGUAAAUUAAAUUAUUAUGGAAUAACGAAUAAAUAAGUAGGAAUAAUUCUGAAAUAAAUUUGAAAAAUGUUAAUGAUCAGAUUCCGAAAUUACAACCUGAUAAAAAUAAUCAAACUUUAGAGAAAAAUAAUAGUGAAUAUCAAUUUUAGAGGAAGCAAUCUAUCCUCAAAAAAACAUAAAAGAUUAUCUAAGAGAACUUAUUAUGUUCUCAAUAAAUGCAAAGCAACUAAGCUCUCACUACCAGAAGAAACUAUAAUCCAGAGAGAUAAGAUACUUAGUUUAGUGAAUAUAAUAGAUAGAUAACAUAACCAAAUAUUGAAGAUGACACAAGCGAAGAAGAGUAUGAUUACAAUUAAGAAAAUCAUAAUCCUAACAUACCAUAAAAACAAAUUUUAAAAAAUGAUUAAGAAAAAUAAAAUUGUAAAAACAUAAAAAAUAGCCACUUAAAAGCUCCAAGUGUUUAUACUAUACAAGAUAAAAUUAAUGACCAUUUGAAGUAGUUUAAUAAUGGAGGAUAUGCAAACUAACAACAUAAAUAAAAUUAGAAUAAAAAUACCCAUAAAAAGAAAUCUUCAGUAGUUCAAAAUAUAGUACAGAAUUCUAACUUAAGCAAUAAUGAAUAAUAAGAAGAAAUAAAAAUUUGCUAACCAAGACAUAUUUAAAAGAUUAAUCCUACUAAACCCAAAAAAUUUAUAUCAGAAACUUAAAAUAUUACAAAAGUUGAUUAAGAGAGAAUAAUCUAAAGUCAAUAGUAAUAAGACAUGCAAUAAUAAUAACAAAAAUAGUAGCAGUAAAGAGUUCUCAAUUUUUAAAACAAUCUACACUUGCUCACUAUGAGAAAAUACUCUUCUAAUGAGAGUUCUUAAAAUACUUCAUACCAAAAGAUUACAUAGAGAUAUAAUAAUUAGCUAAGCUAAAAUAGUAGCUACAUCUUUAAUUAAAGUAACAGCUUGCUUAACUUCAGAACUGGUAAAACAUAAGAAUAAUGUCGUCAGCUUUACAGUGAGGUAGAAGAAGUUGUCAAAAAUAGAUGCUCUGUGCACUAAUAUGAGGCUUAUCAUAAAUUUAAUACUCUAAUAGAUAAAAUAACUCAAAAAAAUGGUGAAAUCAAAGUAUUUAUAAUUACUGAUACAUCGUCUUAGUUCACACUUUCUAAUUAUUAAUCAACUUAAAAAACUCAGAAUUAGACGAAGUUAAUGGGCACUGGUCUAAUUUAAAAAAUAUAAAAUGAAAUUGUAAAUUUUGAGUAGUUUGAUUUAAUUGAGAGUUACCUUGAUUAAAAUUGUAUUUCUUACGAUAGAAGAUUUUUUGCCAAAUGCGUCAAUAAUGUCAAAUAAUUGGCUUCUCUUAUAACUCAAAUUAAUUUCGUAUUUAAUUAUAAUACAAAGAAUGUGUUGAAUUAGUCAUCAUCAUAGAGUCGCUUUUAUAACAGUAAAAGUAAUAUCACCACAUAUAAAGUUGGAGAAUCGUUUUCUAUAGAAAUUAAAGUACAGAGACCAUUUGAAGAAGAGUAGCUUAAUGCAUUAUCAAAGCAGCACACAGAAUACGAAAAUAUUUAUGAAUGGUAUAAAAUAAACUAGGCAAGUGCAUUGGGAUAUGGAUUUGUGGUAAACUCCUGCUUUAGAGAUGAAAUUUACACUUUUUACAUUUACCAUGAUGACAAAAAUGUCAACUUAUAAAAGGCUCUCUCUGCCUUUUCUAUGUAUGGAGCUUCAAUGAAUUAUCAAGUUUAAUAAAAAUUAGAAGCAAUCAUCCCUUGCAAUGAUUUUGAUAUUGAUUUUCACUUUAAUGAGUUUGGACUUGUAAGUUUAAAACUUAAUCUAGGAAAACUUUCAUCAAUUAAUGAAAAAUAACUUUUAAACCUUUAUCAUACUUAAAUAAGUAAUUGUGGAUCAGUUAAAUCUUUCAGGGGUAUUGAAAGUACCUUUUCCUAAAUAAAUAACUUUUUAAAGAGUCAACAUGAAUAAAAUUCAUUAAAAAGUUCUUCAAACAAAAAUUAUUCAACAGGAACAGUACAUGGUACUUCUCAAUCAAAAAAUAGCUUAAAUAGUAAAUAAUCCUCUUUUUCUAAAGAAAUGCUCCUCUCAAAUUAGCAAUUCAACAUUUUGAACACUCUAAACAAUAAUUUUAAUUCUAAUUCUCAUUAUAUUAUUGAGUUUAACAAGUCAGGCUUUUAAUUAUCAAAGUCAGACUAGAUAGGGCAAGAUGAUUCUGCCUCAAAUACUCAAAUUCUUGUCUGUGAGUAGUUUAAAUGA